GCACAGAACCAGACGUGGGGCUCAAGCCCAAGAACCAUGAGCUCAUGACCUGAGCCAAAAUCAAGAGUCGGACACAACCAACUAAGGCAUUCAGGCACCCCCCUACCAUUGCUUUUAAGAUAAAGUCCAUCAUUCAUAAAACCAUAAUAAUCUAGUCAGGCUUUCUCUCCCCAAAGGCCUCUUUCCUCUGUAACCAUUCUUAAGCCAAACUGGCCUAAAAUUUUUAAGAGUGGAGAUCUUUCCUUUGGGUCUCGGGGCCUUAACACAGGGUGUUACCUCUGCUUGAAACACUUAGACCCCCACUGUACCUGGCUAACACUUACCCACCCUUUGGAUUUCACUGGAAAUAUUUCCACAGCUCAGGUCUGCCCACUACAGGUCCUCACAGACCUCCAUAUUUUAUUUUAGGAACACUUACCACAACUGUAAUCAAAUUUUGGUCUACUCCUUUCUUUCCAGUUAAUCUUCAGUCCUCAUCCUCUAAACUGCGUCUCAUUCCCUGCGUUAUUCCUAAGGUGCCCAGUACAUAGUGGUUCAUCAUAAAUACUUAAUGACAAUAAAUUUAUCAGACACAUCUUGCUACUUUAGAAAAACGCAGAUACAUAGUUGAAAGAUAUUUUCUUAUACCAAUUUAGAAAAAGAAGAGGUCUCUAUCUUUGGCCAAGUUUUGUUUUUUGUUUGUUACUACUUUAUUAAGGUAUAAUUUUUGUUUAGAUUAGUUAAGUAAGCGUUAGUCCACUAAAAUCCACCUAUGUGGUUAGCUCUUGGCUGAACUGAUGCUGGUCCUCACCGGAUGAGUCAUCACCAGGUCCUACCGGUUCCAACUCGAGUAUCGGAAGUGAAGAUCAAAGAGGAAGCAACCACAUUCAGGACUGAAAACGCCUACCUGCCCUACUUCCGGUCCCGCCCUUUGCUGGGAGCUCCACAUAUUGGCCCCGGGAGCCGGGGGCGUGGUCUGGGCGGGACUUCCGGUCUUUUCGGGGAGGAAAGACGCUGCCCAAGGUUGCGGGAAGAUUUGAACUGCUGUUGAUUUCCUGUGUUUACUUUGCCGGGAGGUAGUUGGCGUUUUAGCGUCUCUCUUGCUACUGACUUGACGAAAGUCUCGGCCAGAAAUACUCUCCCUGUGGCAUAAUUCCUCUGCGCUUGUCACCUUUCUUUCAUGAAGAAACAUCACUUGUUGGUAAUUUGUCAAAUUCACGAAAAUAUCCUUCGAGAAGCAGUCGUGGGCAGACCAAGCAUUUUGGCAAACGAAACCCAGAGGCCGUUGACUGGCCUUAUUUCCACGACUUUUCAUCUAAGAGCUGCUGUGUGAGUCCAAGACGUUGGUUGUUUUGUCUUCUCCUUGGAAGGACAUUUUAUCCAUAGUCAUAGUAAUGGCUGCUGAAGUGCGAAUGGUACUUUAUGAAGAUGAUUCCGUGCAAGUACAAUAUUUUGAUGGUUCCAGACUGCAGCUCUCUCCUUGUGGCUCUGAAUUUUUAUUUGAAAAGGUGCCUCCUGUUACAGCACAUCCUUUAGAACAACCAGAAAGGAUUCGUCAAAGGACACACUUUGUUAUCAGCACUUACCGAGAGCAACUACAGCGAGCCCUAGAUUUUCGAAAUUCUUUUGCUACCUGCCCUUUUUUAUCUGAAAGCAUCAUACCUUCUGAAAGAAAAAAGCAUAUCUUCGUGGACUUCUCAGAAGUGAGAUGGCCCAGUCCUGACACUGAGGAAGGCGUGCUGUGCAUGGAGAGCGGCACCGUGAAGAUAUCGUCAUUAGAUGGGCAUGCGUACCUUUGUCUGCCACGAUUACAACUUGAAUUUACAGUACAUUUUUUGUGUAAAGCCAGCCAGAAGCCAGACUUAUCUAUAGUCUUGUCAGAAAAGAAGAAUCAAGCAAGGAAGGACAGACUAGAUGAAAAAGCAGGCAAAAUCUGUACAUAUGGAAGUUUAUCAAGACCGAGACUGAAGAAUAAAGAAAAUGAACCUUACUAUCAGAUCAUGAAAUCCAAGGAACCUUUAGAGAAAAAGAGCUGUGUAGAUGGAGCUGAAGGGAGGGAGGAGCCACCUCUGCCAGGUUCAGAACACACGUGUGUAUACACAUGGGUGAAGCAGCGCUGGCCCGUGGCCUCCUGUCCCGAGGAAUGGAAAUAUCCCUUGUCGUUAGCACUUCAUUUGCAAAAUAAAAUGAGCAGUACGUCUAGAAUUGAUGCAGCUGUCACCCAGAUAGCCGUCACUUCUGAUACUUCAGAGGAAAAAGGAAAAGAGGUUUCUGUUCUUCCAAGGGCCCUGUCACUCAGCUGUCCUGUCCCACACCUGCACAGGUGGAAUUUUAGUGAUUCACUCUCACAAGGACAGUUUGAUGAAGAAUAUUCUUAUCCCGAACUAGUGAAAGUGGUUUGGUACAAAGGUGUAAUUUAUCGACUUACCCAUAAACAAGUGAACUCAAUAGAGAUUUACCCAGGAGAUGGCUCAGUUUUCAAAUCUGAGGGAACUUAUUUUGGAAACUAUUUUACUUAUUACUCCAUUCAGGAAGGAUCAAAAGAGAGAGAAGAGAAAACUUACUCAGUAAAUAACCUUCCUCCCGAUAGACCAGGAAGUCUGUUCUCCGUGUGUUCUCUCAUCAAACAGGCAGCCGGAAUUCUUCAGCACUGUGCCAAGACAAGGCUUUCUUUAAGCCAUAACUAUCGUAUAUGCUGCUGGAAAAUGGUACCUGGGAUCAAUGAUAGCAGUAGACCGCCUUUAUGUUUGACAGAAUCGCUCGUGCCCAGCGUGGGACGAUUUCUUGCGUACUCUGACGACAAAGUACAUGCUCUCUUUGUAGAUGGUGUUACUCUGACCCUAAAUUGGAAUUUCAGCUCUUUUACUGAAAAGAGACAGGUAAAUCAAGGUCUCAACUUAGCUUGGUGUAAGUUAACUUUUCCUGAUGGGCAAGAUCAGUUAAUUCAGAUUGAACAUCCUGGACCAUAUGCAAGAUAUGUGACAGCAGUCAUAUCGUGGUGCAGAAGUCUGACCCAAACUAGCCAGAGAGAGAUGCCCACACACUCUUCAUCUUCUGUUCUUGAAGAAAAUUGGUCUGUGGCCUCUGAACUUGAAAAGAUAAAGAAGUUUAACUUGUUACUGGAGAAUAGUGGUGUCCUAAACCAUAUUUCUAACAAAGAAAAUGAACAGUCAUCUGAUCACUACAAACCAAAACCUUCAGAAACCUUGCUGGAAGAAGUUAAUGAAAAGAGAGUAUCAGUUGCAUUGAAAAAAACCUCUGAAAUCCUUCAGGAUAUUGACUGUCUUCUAUCAAAUUCUAAAAAGUGAAAAAUGAAAUUGUCACAGACCUUAAGGAUGUUGUUUCAAGUAACUAGUAUAAAAUUACUAGCAAGCCAAGAAAUUAUAUAUAUUACUUCUGCGCAAUAAUUAUAUGAAAAAAUGACAUUUAACUUUGGCGGUUACCUAACUUACAAAUUUUAAGAUAUAUAUUUAUAAUGUACUUUAUUAAUAAAGAACUAUUUUAGAAUUUUGAA